AUGCCAUCUGGCUCGGCGCCUCUUAGCGGGCUAGUACCGCCUAAAGUGCUCCCCGAGUCGCCCCCCCGCGCCUGCUUUCGGGGCUGGUCCGCGACAAGAAUAGCCACGGAGGGCGCCAAUCUCUUCUGCGAGCGCUGGGGACGAGGCCGCGCUCAUCGUCUCUCGUUCAGUUCCUGGGACUUCCAUUCGUUCUCGCGGCGUGUCUUGUCUUGCGCGUCGCCUCUCGCAACCGGCACGACUUCGUCCAUCGCGCCUGUUCCCAUCGCGACCUGCGUCGUCCGUUGCAAUUUUCGCUCUAUCCGAAACGGUUCCGCUGGGCUCGUGUCGCUCGCUGCCACCGCCUCUACUUUCGCUUACCUCGCUGCUGAGCGCCUUAUUCUUACCCUUGGGAACCAUCGAUCGUUUGCGUCUGCCUCGAUCGAUUUUCCCCUCUUGGCCCCGAGUCCGACUUUCAUCGAAUCCAUCCAUCUAUUACUCGUCCUUCAACGGCCGGCACAAGCUCGUUGCGAGUGGGCCGUCGUGGUGGAAGCUGGAUUUGAUUUGAUUAGCACCUGCUUAGGCACUACGGAGCACUGCGACCGCUAA